GCGAUCUUCAUCUGGUCACCCAUACCAGUGCAUACGUGCCGCGCCGCCGCGCGAAUGACUCACGUUCAAGUCCACGCUUGUUACGGACACGGCCUUGCAAGCCUGCUGACAUUCGUCGGUUAUCUGCUUUAUAUAAAGACCACACGCAGUGAAACGCAUAAAAGUUGAAAUGGCGCACACGCCUGCGGUGGAGAACCCCUUAUUCUGCACUGACUCGUAUAAGGUGACCCAUCACUUCCAGUAUCCAGAAGGGACAACAACCGUCUACUCCUACUUUGAGAGUCGAGGAGGCGUUUAUCCGGAGACCGUCUUCUUCGGCUUACAGUACAUCAUUAAGAGAUGGCUACUAGGUACGGUCAUCACUAAGGAGCACAUCGCUGAAGCCAAAGCACUCUACAAGAUGCACUUUGGCCAAGAUGUAUUCAACGAGGAGGGAUGGACGUACAUCCUUGAAAAACACAACGGCCAUCUACCCCUGCUCAUCAAGGCUGUUCCAGAGGGAACGGUGGUGCCGACGAGAAAUGUUCUGUUUACCGUGGAGAACACGGACCCUAAUGUACCAUGGCUGACAAACUGGUUUGAGACCAUCAUGGUGCAGGUAUGGUACCCCAUGACCAUCGCCACCCACUCAAGGGCCCAAAAGGCAAUCAUCGCCAGGCACCUGAGCGAGACGGCGGACAACCUGGACUCCCUGCCAUUCAAACUUCAUGACUUUGGCUUCAGAGGUGUGGCAUCGGUGGAGACAGCAGCUAUAGGAGGUGGUAGUCACUUGGUCAACUUCAUGGGAACGGACACCAUAGCCAGCUUGGUCUUUGCCAGGAAAUAUUACAACUGUGAUAUGGCCGGCUUCUCUAUCCCUGCAGCCGAACACAGCACAAUCACAACGUGGGGCCGAGAAGGUGAGCGGGAUGCCUACGCCAACAUGCUCAGCAAGUUCCCCAACGGCCUGGUGGCAGUGGUCUCGGAUAGCUUCGACAUCUUCAACGCCUGCGCCAAAAUCUGGGGUCAGGAACUGAAGGACCAGGUGGUCAACAGGAACGGGACGCUAGUCAUACGGCCAGACUCUGGUGACCCGCCAGAAAUUGUGGAAAAGGUUCUAAACAUUCUGGGUGAAGCUUUCGGCACCAUCACCAACUCUAAAGGCUACAAAGAACUACCUAAGUACGUCAGGGUCAUCCAAGGAGAUGGAAUCAACGCAGAGAUGCUGGAUAAGAUCCUGAAUCGCAUGCGGAAGGGAAACUGGAGCGCGGAGAAUCUGGUGUUUGGCAGCGGGGGCGCCCUCCUGCAGAAGGUCAACCGCGACACGCAGAAAUGCGCGUUCAAGUGCAGCUCGUGCGUCAUCAACGGGGAAGCGAGGAAUAUCUUCAAACAACCAAUCACAGAUCCAGGGAAAAAUUCCAAGAAGGGUCGCCUUACGCUAGAACUUCACGACAAUCAGUACGUGACGGUCCAGGAAGGAAAGGGGGAUCCAAAGAAGGACUUACUUGUACCAGUGUUUGAGAAUGGAAAACUUCUAAAGGAUUACAGCUUUGACGAAAUCAGAGAACGUGCCGAGCUACCCAUCGUCAAACAAGCUAGGAAGAAGUAAAAAUGUCCCCAUCGCAAUCUGUCCUAUCAUGCAUUAGGUUCCCAUUAUGCAUUAGGUUCCCAUCAUGCAUUGGCUUCCCAUCAUGCAUUUGGUUUGAUCCCAUCAUGCAUUGGGUUCCCAUCAUGCAGUGCCCAACAAGCUUGGGUUCCCAUCAUGCAUUGGGUUCCCAUCAUGCAUUUGGUUCGAUCCCAUCAUGCAUUGGGUUCCCAACAUGCAUUGUUUUCCCAACAUGCAUUGGGUUCCCAACAUGCAUUGGGUUCCCAUCAUGCAUUGGGUUCCCAUCAUGCAUCGAGUUCCCAGGGUGCAGACCUGCAAAUUGACUCCAAAGACUUCAGUGAUAGUUACGCGUACUUCCAAAAAUUAUUUAAAAUACUCGCCACUCUCCAAGGUGUUUGACACACCAUCAAAUAAAAGCUUAUUUCAUAUUCUUUCAUUUUUCUGUACAAUUUUGUUCCGUUAUCUGAUAACUUUUGGGAGAAAAUUCCAACCAAAUAUGAUCACCCCGAAAAGUAAUCCUGUGGCCCAUCGCCAUUUUGAAAAAUGAUGCCUGCGCUCCAUUGCAAAAUCGAGCAAUUUUAGGGUGCAAAUUCAUGAGAAUUCACACUCCAGUGCAUGGCUUCCACCUAUCUUUUUUACAAACCUUCAAGUUCAUGGCCCACAAAAUGCUAUAAUAGCAAAAAAAUUGAGGGUGCAAAAAUUAUGAUUUGGCCCGCGUAGGCAAUCUGGACCCAUUUACAGGUCUGCACCCCCCAACAUGCUUGGGUUCCCAUCAUGCAUUGGGUUCCCAUCAUGCAUUAGGUUCCCAUCAUGCCUUUCAAAUCCUCUUACUCAGCAAGCUCUGUAAAAUUGUAAAAUAGUGUUUAUUGUGAGACAAAUACAUGUAGUUUUAUUUGGACUUUAGCAUUCAAAUUUGAAGUCCCCAGAAGAGAGGGUGUGCACAGCCGUUUUCCUAAAGUAAACUGAUAUGCCAGAUUUGACCUCAGUGAGGUCAUGUUGUGCAUUUCUAUAUAGGACUGAUGACAUCAUACGCAUAACCCAUAUACACUGCUGCUGGAUAUUUUGUGACGUGAAACAAACCUUAUGCAAGUAACCUCCAGUUUUGGAAUGGUGUGGUGUAUUUGUGUAAUUCACAUCUCAUUGAUAAAAUAUGCAAUUAUGAAAGAUUAUGCCCUGAAUUGUGCGUUCGAUUAGAUCACCCACGUCGACUCGGGUUAGCCCCGCGCUGUUUGAUUAGUUCUGACAUAAUUCUCGGGCGCACCCGGAUCAGCCACCACAACCCUGCUCGUGGAGCAUUGCAGUGGUAGAAAUACGUCACACACAUGCGUCAUGCCUUCCAAGAAGCUGACAAAUAUGGCGGCCGAACAGCAGGAAAAUUCAAGUAGACCUAUUAAUAAACUGUAUUUGAAGUCUAAACAUAAUUAUUUAUUGAUCUCAUAGCAACUUUUUGGAGGCUAUUUUGAAAAAGCAGUGGAUCUCAUAGUAAGACUGAGUCCGAAACGGGCGUUUUGUCAAUAGCUAUGGGUAUGACUACAGACGUCGUGUGAGGACAAUGAUGGCGAAUGUUUGAGCAUUCGAUUAGCCGUGCUCUUGUGGCUAACCCAUCUACCUUUACCUAUGUCGACCCGGGUGAGCUAAUCGAGCACACUCAUAGAAAUAUAACAUCGGAAUCUGUAGUUUUGACCAUUCCAACUUUUCCAGACAAGACAAACUCAGCAGUACAGUACCAGAUAUUCAAAUUUAACUCGCAAAGAAUCUAAGCUACUUUUAAAUCGCUUAUUGGAGAAGCUUCUUAGCAACUUGGUCUUCAAAUUAAUACGAUUCACUGCAGGCACAUGUUGUUAAACGGUAGAUGUGCUAUGAAAACUUGUUAUAUCGUGUGCUUGGAUGCUGUAAUUUCAUUGGUCAAGAACGGCCACGUGUCCAAUCUGUAAAAAUGCAUAUACAGUGGUUAACGUCAUAUACGAUGCACGUUGCGCACGCGCGUGUAGAACCUGUAUGCGCGCUCGCGACUGAGAAAUGCGUGCAAGUCCAGCAGAAGGAAUUAAGCCUGCAGUUAUCAAAGGUUAGACUGCAGUGAUUUAAUUUAUUUCUUGCAUUGCACGUUUCAACCAUUUAUUGUUUUGACUUAUUGGCACAAUAUAACAAAACAAUUGUUGACUGCUAUGAUGUGGUAUAUGUUGUUUAACCCCCUUGGGGCACAUAUGUGACCUACUGAGGCAAAAUGAGGAAUGUCCCCCAAAACUUUAUUUUGAGUAAAUGACGCAUGAAGUCGAAUAGACUAGAAAAAUUAUGUCAAAGUCGAUAUUGAUUGUUUUGUAUUUUUGAUUAGCCAAGGUAUCCAAGAUUCACACUAAGCAGUUUUGUUGGGGAAAAAAUUCCCCAAAAAGUGGAAAAACUGAAAAACGUUUUCCAUCCACUGCCAUUGGCGGCACAAUGCGUGUCUUUUUUUCGAAGCCGUUUUUCUCGAAAUGAGGUUUGCUAAACUUGGCAGGACACUGUUGACGUUCCUGCGUCAUUCCUCAUUAUGCUGUGGCAGGUCACAUAUAGCACCCUCUGCGUUCCCCGGUGUUACAGACGGCAUAUCACACAUCACAGCAGUCAACAAUUGUUAAAGUGCAUGUGACGACUUGAAAGCUCACAACUCGCGGUAGAACACGGAUCGUGCUACACAGGAUAAUAUCCCACUGCUGUUGCUAUGGCACUGACCAAUUAGCAUCCAGUAUUCAUGUUUGCAUGAAGACAAUAUUAGAGAGCCAAUGGUUACCAGCUGUUGUCCUACCAGGGAUAUCUUACACUCGUUAGGGAACCAGCUAUGCCUAUUCUAUAUGUUUCAGUAUUAUUUUCUGGUUUGUCUUAGAAGUAUCCGUCGAGAAAUAUGUAAAGUGUUUUACUUCUUAAGUGUGAGACGUCCAGAUACAAAGUAGCACUGGGUAAAAUAAUGCUUAAAGGGCAUGUACAAUAUUUGCUUCACGUUUUGGGUUCGGAGAUGCUGGAAAAUCCAAGAAAACCAACCAUGUUCUUGUAGUCUGGUUCCCUGACCCUACUUAAGAUGAAACGGAACAAUUUAUAGACUUUGGGGAUAUAUUCUGUACACUGCCUAAAAAGAAAUAUCAAGUUGAGACCGGUUAGUGCAAAAACAGCUUCUUGCCAUGAUGAACUCUGACACAGGUUAACUUUAAAUACAUGUACAUAUACAGUGAAAUCUCGAUAAGUCAAACUCUGAUAACUCAAAACAAAGUCAAACAAAGAUUCCAAUCCCUUUAGUAAUAUAACAAUGAUAUACAGCCCAAUAACUCAAAACUCUGCCUAAGUCGCAUUUUGAACCUGUUCCCUUGAGGUUUGACUUAUCCAGAUCUCACUGUAUGUACUUGCUCCUGCACACAUAGGAACUGCGCGCUCCAGCAGCUUUGCUUGUGCAUACUUCCAGGGACGGAGUCGAGUCCAUCACAAGUCCAGUCACAAGAAAUAGUGGAUGAACAAUAACAAAGGAAUGCCUUUGUCAAAGCUCAUUUGAAUAGCCGGUGACUUGAAUUGGGACUGGAGGACUUGUGAUGGACUCGACUAGCCAAUCAGACAACAGAAUGUUUUGCCAUGGCACACCGCAACCAAUGAGAUCUCAGAAGCUAGGGGUCUUUGCCUGUGUCCUUUUUUUCCACAUAGGUUUCAAUGUGCAUGUUGCAAUGUCCUCUAAACUUUCAAAAUGCAAGACGAUAACAAGCAAUACUUAUAUUGUUAUGUAAACUUUAUCGCACUUUUAGAAUUGUCUUCAUGUUAAGUGCUAAUAUGUCACUUGUGUUUAAAUGUUGACGAUUCGGUGAUUUUACAGAAUAUUGGCAUAAAUCAGUCUUAAGAAUUUUUAAAUUCAUGUAAUUUGUACCUUAACUGCUUUGUUUUGGUCAUGUAUACAGUGUACGUACAGACAAGUUUUUCAAAAGUUUAUAAUUUCAUUUUUCUAUGGUAGUCAUCACAUUUCAAUUUCUGUGGUUGCAAGUGGACUUUUAAUGUAUUAAUUUAGGUAACAAGUUUGCUUUGGUCUGUUAUGUAUUUUGUUAACACGAGAUGUACAUUUUGUUACAAAAAGCUGUAAAAUGUCACUUCUAAAUUGUAUCAUACCUUAAUGUUUUGUAGGUCACAUAAUUUACUAUAGAUGAAUCACAAUCAUAAUACAGAUAAUUAUGUGAAAAUCGUUAUUUUCUUGGGUUUUUUUUAACAAUGGUUUUGACAAGUUAUUUGAAAAAAUAACCUGAUAUUUUGUAUUACUAUUCAAAAAGGACCAUGUUUAUUUUUGUAGACCAAAUGUGUUGUUUUUUUAAUUUCUAAACUAGAUUGCAAUGUAUUCAGAAUUUUGUGUAUACGUUUCCUAGCUGCUCAACUGCAAACAAGUGUUUUUCGUAUUGAAAUAUUUUAUUAGCUUUUUUUUUUCUUUCUUGAACCUGAACACCGUAUACAUUUAUUAGCGCCCAGUGCCAUUUAUGUAAACUGCCUGAGCUAAUAUCCAAAGCACAGUUAUUUAUCCCUGAAGUACUGGACAAGUUUAUUUGUUUUGGAGCAUCAAACUCGAAGAUCUGUGGGGCAAUACUGCAGGUCGUGGGCUUGAGUCUUAGCUUUGGUUGGGGUGUGUUUGUCCUUGGGCAAGACGCUUUGUCACAAUUAAAUUUGCUUCUCCCCACCCAGGAGUAAAUGGGUACCUGUGAGGGCCGAAUGAGAUGAUUAUUGUGAUUGUUUUUAGCCACUUCACCGAGAUUACGGUGGACUCGAAAUAUAUUGACAAAUUUGGAAAUAUAUCUCACAAAGGGAAACCUUGCAUAUUGCAGAUACUGUCCCUGUUUGUAUGAAAAUCCAGCUACAAUCGGAGCUUGGCUGUUUUUUUUAUGGUAGAGCUGAAUUAUUUAUGUAUGUAUGCCCAGACUUGAGAUUAUUCAUUUACUAUUUGAAAACGUUGUGCUGCACUAUUGUGGUGGAUCUGUACUUUCUGAAUUUUUUAAUAACUCAUUUAAACAGUGAUUAAGCUAAAAACAAAACAAAACAAAAAACCAUUGUGCAUGUGAUUUAUAGAUCAUGAGGUGUGUGCAUUGAUUUGGAGUAUAUAGUAAAUUACAUUGUAAAAUGAAGUGUAAACAUGGUGACACUCGCAAGUGUGUCUCAGUGAUGGAGAAUUAAAAGGCAGUUGUACCAAAAUGUAUAUGUAAAUCCAUGCCAUUUAAUGUU